AGGAAGCCCAGAGCGGAGCCACCGCCCCCCCCCACUUUGCAGGGUUGUGGGGGAGGGAGGGGAAGUGGCCCCUCCCGCAAGGGUGGGGGAGGGGAGCCCAGCACGCCCCAUGCAAAGAGGGCGAGUGCCUGGUGGAUUUGACCCCACCCCCCAUGAAAAUGGGGGUGGUGGUGGAGGGGAAUGGGAGCCCCCAUGCACAGACUGGGAAAUCAGACCCCUGUGAAGGGGGCUGGGGCGUAGGAGAAGCGGGGCAGGCGCCCAUGUGCAGAGGAGGAUGGGCGAAGGGGAUGCACAGGGAGACCUGGAGAACUACCCGAGGAUGUAGGUUGUGGCCCGUGAAAUCGUGCUGCGGUUAACGCGCUAGUCUUGCCAAGUCUUCUUUUGAACUCAAGUUUUCAGAGGACCGACUUUCUCAGUCUUGGUGUGUGCUGGAGCAGGCAAGAUUGGAUGUCCUUCUAGAGCCACAGGCCCUUCUGGGGCUGGUCCGUGGCUUUAGACCUCGAAGGUAUGUGGGAGAUGCACCCUGAAGCCAGGUGAAAUACAGCUCAAGCCUCAGAAACAGCUGGUGGGCAGGCUUUCAUGAUGGCAGAGUCAACCGAGGAGACGCUGCUGUAUGUGGAGCAUCGCUUUGUCUGCUCGGAGUGCAGCCAGCAGUUCAACUCCUUGGAGGAAGCCCUGGUACAUCAGCAGAGCCACCUGUGCUCCCAGGAGCAGCAGUAUCAAGUGGUGGGGCUGGCAGAAGCUGGGCUGGUGGCAGGUGGGGAGGCCGGCCUCUACCAGACCGUGACUGUGCAGGAAAGCCAGUACCAAUGUCUGGAGUGCGGACAAAUCCUCCUGUCUCCCAGUCAGUUGCUGGAACACCAGGAGAUGCACCUCAAGAUGGUGAUCCAGGAGCCGGAACCCUUGGUGAAACUGCUGAGCUCCAGCCAGAUCCAUUAUGAGUGCACAGAAUGCAAGGCCCUGUUCACCAGCCAGGAUGUGUGGCUCGCUCACCGGCAGACCCACCGGAAGCCACCCGAGCCACCGGCUCCCCCUCCUCAGAGCCGGGCACUGGUCAACCUGGAGCACUCCUACCGCAAGCCGCAGGACGGGGUAGACACUGUGCAACUGCUGCUGUAUGAAUGUGGUGAGUGUUUCCAGCUGUUUCAGUCGACGGCAGACUUGCUGGAGCACCAGACCACACACCAAGUGAUCCAAGCCUCCCCAGGGACAAGAGCGAGGGAGCUGCCUGCAGCCUGCCCCACGGAACCGAAGGCGCCGCUGCCACCACCACCACCUCCAAGUUUAGUGGCUGUGCACAACGGGGCUGUGCCGCCGCCAGCCCCCACCAGCGUCACGGCCACGGAUCACAGCUAUGAGCUAAAAAACAACCCCGGGGAGCAGCUUCCCCAGAAAGCGAAGCAGGCCGCCAAGGAGCACACGUGUGCCGAGUGUGACCAGUCCUUUCCUUCGGCCCACAAACUCCAGCUUCACAUGAGGAGCCACCGGCAGGGCGCCUUCAAGUGCCCGCUCUGCAGCAAGGUGCUGCCGUCCCCAGUCGCCCUUGAGAAGCACCGGGAGGAGCACAGCGGCGAGUCGCGCUUUCUGUGCAUGGACUGCGGCCUGGGCUUCGGCACGGAGGCGGUGCUCUUGUCCCACCGGCGCACGCACUCCUCCAACCCCCUCUACCGCUGCGCUUGCGGGAAGACCUUCAUCAACAUGACCAAGUUCCUUUACCACCGACGAUCCCACAGUGCCAAUUCAGCGCAGGCCCACGAGUUGCCUGCAUCUCCUCCUGAGGAACAGCCUCCUGAGGAGGAGCCACCUGAAGCCUUGCAACAACCGGAGCAGCCCCCGCCACCACCUCCACAACCACCACCUCCUCCUCAGCAGCAGCAGCAGCAGCAACAACAACAGCAAGAACAAGAGGUGUUUCCACUCGCCAUCAUCUGCUCGGUGGACAAGACCUCUGCUCCAGCCGAAAGCAACGUACAGGAGCAAAAGCCCUCGGAGUUCCAGUGCCUGCUCUGCAACAAGACCUUCCCCAAGUUGACACUGCUGCUGCGCCACCAGCGCUUUGUCCACAACAUGGAGCGCCGCCACAAGUGUCUGACUUGCGGCAAGAUGUUCAAGAAGAAGUCGCACAUGCGCAACCACCUCCUGACGCACACCGGCGAGAGGCCGUACCACUGCAAGGAGUGCGGCAAGAGCUUCAACUCGCAGGCCAACCUGCAGCGCCACCGCCUGACGCACACGGGCGAGCGCCCUUACCGCUGCGAGAUCUGCCAGAAGUGCUUCACGCAGUCGUCCACCCUGCAGCAGCACCUCCUGGUGCACAAGCGCCACUACCCCUACAAGUGCCAGGAGUGCAACAGCGUCUUCCACCGGCCCUACCGCCUGCUCAUGCACCGCUACCACCACACGGGCGAGUACCCCUACAAGUGCCAGACCUGUGGCCGCUCCUUCCUGCUCCGUCGCCUGCUGGAGGUCCACCAGCUGAGUCACACGGGGCAGCAGCCCCACCGCUGCACGUCCGGCUGCGGCGCAGCCUUCGUCACGGCCGAGCAGCUGAAGGAGCACAAGUGCGGCAAGAUGAGCCGCCACUUUGAGUGCUCCGUCUGCGGCAAGAAGGUUGGCUCGACGGCGCAGUUGAGAGCCCACGAGCGGCUGCACGGGGACAUCCAAGUUCCGGAAGGGGCGGAGGAAGAGCCCCCCGCUUUGGAGCUGCCCCCGCCCCGGCCCCGCCGCCCCACCGGCCCCAAGGUUUUCGAGUGCAGCGACUGCAAGAAACUGUUCAGCACCGAGACGUCGCUGCAGGUCCACCGCCGCAUCCACACGGGCGAGCGCCCCUACCCGUGCCCGGAUUGCGGCAAGGCCUUCCGGCAGUCCACGCACCUGAAAGAUCACCGGCGGCUGCAUACCGGCGAGAAGCCCUUCAAAUGCGACGAGUGCGGGAAGGCCUUCACCAUCGCCGUGCGGCUGGCUGAGCACAAGCGCAUCCACACGGGGGAACGCCCGUACCACUGCGACGCUUGCAACAAGGCUUACCGCUCCUUCUCCAACCUCUGGAAGCACCGCAAGAUGCAUCAGCAGCAGCGGCUGCAGAACGAGCAAGAGGCCAUGGCAGAGGCUGUCGCUGCUGCUGCGGCUGCAGCCGCUGCUGCAGCCGCAACGCCGUCGGCCUCGUCCACGCCUAGUGACCAGGUCUAUGGCAACACUGUUACCAUUAUGGAGACCAUCCCUGUGGUGGAGACCAUUGAAAUCUACCCUACAGAUGCCGGGGUUCACUUCGAGAACAUCCAGGUGGAGAAUGUCCAGAUCGGGGGAGUUUGAGUUGGGCUGGGGGGAGCAAGGAGAUGCAGCUGGCCACGCUCUGUGGACCGGGAGCUGCUGCUCUCUGGCUCCCCCUUGCUGGGGCUCUAGUGUAGCUGCAACAACUUCUGCUCCCUAGCUUUUUUAUCCAUGCUCCCUCUGCUGCCCAGGUUUUGGCCAUUUCUGCAACAUGGCUGCGUCAUCUAGACUUCUCCGGUUCUGAAGGUGAACUGGGCUCCCAUUUCUUCCCCGUCUGCACAAACACCAGGACACGACAUUGGGGUUGGCUUGUGCACUCAAUGCCACCGUGGGGUCUGACCCUCCCAUUUCCGUUGGGGUUGGGUUCUUUCCCACUCAGUUGUGUGGAACGUGGCUUUUAUUUUUUUUAAUGGCACAAGCGACCCCUCCAGACUUGAGAAUGCCCAACCACAGCCUCCCCCCAUGGCUGAGGCCCUUGAAUGCUAAAUGGUUUUGUUUGUUUCAUAGAGUGCUCCAGGGAAUAGCUUCCCUGCUGGGGUUCAGUCUGACUUGUAAAUACCUCUUGACUGGGUUUCCCUCUUCGCUGUGGGAGCUUCUCUCACUGUUUGCUGUUGCUCCUCUAUCACCCACACAUAUUCCCCUUGUGACCCCUGACAGCUGCUUUUAUUUGGUUUCUUGCUAACUGGAUUCUUCCCCAUGGCUGCAGGAGCAUUUUGUUAUUUCGUAUGAAAAUUAAACAGGAAUCAAAGCGCUCAUGGUUUUUUGAAGUGUGUUCUUUUGUAUUAUGGUGGUUUUGAGUAGAGCUGGGUGCAGCGUAAGGCUGUCAGUGGGUUAAUUUCUAAUCACCUGCAAUGUUCAUUAUUUGUUAUAUUAAUACUUAAUGCCUUCUUAAAACAGGCAUUCUUCCCUCUUUCUCUCUCUCACAGGAGGGAAUUUAUUUCAUUCCAUUUAUGAAUCGCUUCCCAUAAAACAUCUUGAAGCAAUUUAACAAGGUGGCUGUUUCUAAUAUUGUGCCUGUUGCAACAUGUUACUUCGUUAUCUGAAAAGGGAAAUAACCCUUUCUUCAAAGUGUUCUUUAUUUAUAUGGAAAUCUAUGCAGAUUUAAUUGUUUGGCUGAAACUUAACACAAUUAAUCCCCUGAUAACGGUUUUUAAAGCAGACAAGCCCUAAAGUUUUCAUGUAAUCCUCACUGUAAGGUGCUUUGACAAAAAUUUAAUAAGCAGAAACUGCUGGUCGUUGUCGAAAGAAAGGAGUAUCUGUACCUUUUUCUGCUUUCAUUUGCUGUUGUAGUAACACGAGAUCACUGAAAUACACUAAAUAAACAACCUGUGCAAUUAAA